AGUUCAUAAGUUCUAUAUAUAGCACCUAGGUUACUCUCAUUUUAUAGCCACAUUUCAUGUUGGUAAAGAGGUAGCACUUGCACACAAAAUGAAAACUAGUUUGCUAGGGUUUAUGACAAUCUUGGAAAAAAAUAAACCCUAUAUUGCAAUGCUUUUUAUUCAAUUUGUAUAUGCAGGAAUGGCUCUUCUUUCAAAAGCAGCCAUUUCUAAAGGAAUGAGUCCUUAUGUGUUUGUUGUUUAUCGUCAAAUCUUUGCAUCACUUGCUUUAUCUCCAUUUGCUUAUUUUGACAGUAAGCAUGCUACUCCUUUGUCAUGCAACUUGUUGUGCAAAUUGUUUCUAGUUUCCCUUGUUGGGUUAACAGCAAGUUCAAACCUCUACUAUGUUGCAAUAAACUAUACCUCUGCAACAUUUGCUGCUGCAAGCACAAACACAAUCCCUUCCAUUACUUUCAUCAUGGCUGUUAUAAUUGGGGUUGAAACAAUUUCAAUAAAAUACAUGCAUGGAAUGGCAAAGAUUUUGGGCUCUAUUCUAUCCCUUUCAGGGGCUAUAGUAUUUGCAUUAGUCAAAGGACCUUCAAUAGAUUUCAUAAGGUGGCAUCAUGAAAAUCAAAAUCAUAAUUCUCACUCAUUCACUAAGAUUCAUUCCAAAGGAGAUAACAUUAAAGGCUCUCUUAUGAUGCUCUCAGCAAAUACUGGUUGGUCAUUAUGGCUUAUUUUGCAGGGAUUUAUUGUAAAGCAAUAUCCAGCAAAAUUCAGGCUCACUAUUAUACAAUGCUUCUUUAGCUUCAUACAAUCAGGAAUUUUGGCUAUUGCAAUGGAGAGGAAUCCUUCUGCAUGGAAACUAGGAUGGGAUUUUCAUCUUCUUUCUGUGGCUUACUGUGGUAUAAUUGUAACGGCCAUUUGUUAUUGGCUGCAAGUAUGCACUGUAGAAACGAAAGGUCCAGUGUUCACUGCCAUGUUCACCCCUCUAGCUCUUGUACUCACAGCAAUUUUCUCAGCAAUUUGGUGGAAAGAAACACUCUUUUGGGGAAGUAUUGGUGGCACAGUUUUGCUAGUGCUUGGACUCUAUAGUGUCUUGUGGGGGAAGAAUAAGGAGGGUGUAAUUGUAAAAGAAGAAAACUUUGAAGAUGGACAAGCAAAAGCAGGGACCAAAUUGGAGUGCGUUAUACAGUCUUGAUGGAUUGGACAAGAUGUUCUCCCAUAUAUAUCUUAAUGUCCUUCUAUAUGUUUCUUAACAUUAUCGUAACAUAUGUGUAUAUCUUGUCAACUUUUAUUCAGCUUUAUAUAUUGGUAAGAAUAUUUGUCAUGGCCCACUACAUGGAACCUAGAUUUCCUUUCAUCGUCAAAAUCUCGCAUUCUUGCGAUCAUGGUCCAGGCUCAACUUAAUAGACCUUGACAUGAUAUUGUGUGAAUGCGAAAUUUUGGCGUCUGCAGGAAAUCUAUUUUCCUCUUAUUUGGGCCUACUGCAAUAUGUGUAAAUAUAUUUUGGUUAUAUCUAAAUAAACUCCGUCUACAACCAAA